AUGCAUGCCUCUGUUGUGGGAUUCGCUGUGUUCACCGAGCUCUACCCUCUUGAUCCAUUCUUUGGGAGCAUAUGGUCUGAUUUAUCAGCUGGAAUUCGGUCAGAUUACGUGCUUCUCGAUGGGUUUAUUUUUCUGGACAAUCGUUUGUGUGUUCCUGAUUGCAGUUUAAGGUUGAAAAUCAUUAAGGAACUACAUGAAGAAGGACAUGUUGGGCGAGAUAGGACUUUGCGUCUUGUCGCAGACUCUUACUUUUGGCCAACAUUACGUCGCGAUGUUGCUCGGCAUGUGGAACGUUGUGUGAUUUGUCAUCGCUCUAAAGGUCAUGCUUCUAACAGCGGGCUAUACAUGCCACUUCCGGUUCCUACUCAACCGUGGACGGAUAUCAGCAUGGACUUUGUCCUCGGCUUACCUCGUACUCAAAGAGGGAAUGACUCGAUUUUUGUUGUGGUGGAUCGCUUUUCUAAGAUGGCUCACUUUAUUCCUUGCAAGAAGACAACUGAUGCUGUACAAGUUGCUAUCCUCUUCUUUCGUGAGAUUUAUCGUAUUCAUGGACUUCCGAUCUCCAUUGUUUCCGAUAGAGAUUCCCGGUUUUUGAGUCAUUUUUGGAGAUCAUUAUGGCGUUUGCUUCGGACUUCCCUUGACAUGAGCUCCGCGUAUCAUCCUCAAACCGAUGGUCAAACAGAGGUUACAAAUCGUUCUUUGGGAGAUAUGUUGCGUUGUUUGGUCGGUGACAAUAUUCGUUCGUGGGAUUCCGUCUUGUGCAAAGCAGAGUUUGCUCAUAAUCACGCCGUUAAUCGAAGUACUAAGUUUAGCCCCUUUCGGGUGGUGUAUGGUCUUAUCCCUCGCGGCCCUCUUGACUUAGGUGUUGCUCCCAAUCAAACUCGAGACCAUGGUCAGGCUGUGGACUUUGUCUCUGAUAUUGCUUACGUUCAUUCGCUGGUGCAUGAGAAUCUCAAUGUCUCUUCGGCAAAGUAUAAAUUGGAUGCUGAUCGUCACCGUCGUGAUCUUCAGUUUGCUGUGGGCGACUUUGUUUGGGCAGUCUUAACUCGUGAUCGGUUUCCUCCUGGUACCUAUAAUAAGUUAAAGGCUCGAAAGAUUGGACCACUUGAGAUCCUCGAAAAGAUCAAUGCUAAUGCAUAUCGUGUCCGUCUUCCGGCGGAUGUUCGUUCUUCGGACGUUUUCAAUGUAAAACAUUUGGUUCCCUAUGUUGUGCACGACGAGCUUGAAGAUUCGAGGGCGAAUCUUUCUCUACCCCGGGUGACCUGA